UGAUUGGGGAAGUUGACAGCGCGUGGUAACAAAUGCAGUCUCCUCCACUCACUGGGCAUGAUCCAUGUGAUGUGAGAAGCGACAAGAUCAGGGUGUGAAUAACAGCCAAUUUGGGCGUUUUGGUUUUGCUUUUUUUAAUUAUUAUUAUUGUUAUUAUUAUAAGGAUUUGUUCAUCUCCUGUAAUAACAAUAAUAAUAGUUUCCGUACAGGUGUGUUGAUAGUUUGUUCUCCGUGAUGCAUGUGAGAAAGGGCGAGUGACUGUGUGUGAGUGUGCUGAGACAAAGAGCUGCUGCUGCUGCUGCUGCUGCGACUGUGUGGCCAGUGAGCGUCGGUGUGAAGGAGGUGAAUGUAGGCAGCAACAGAGGAAGAGGAGGAGGAGGAGGAGGAACUGAAGCAGCAGCCUCCAUCAGGGGAAGGAGCAGCCGGACAGGCGCUGUCCGCUCAGCACCAGCAUCACCACCGCAGUCACCUUGCUGUGAAAGUCAUAAACCUGCUCCGAUCAAUGAGCAGGACUUAUUCUGCUGCUGCUGCUGCUGCUGCUGGGGAUGGAAACUGCCAGCGUGUGUCCUCUUAUCUCGACAUCUUGGGCACACCAGUGAUGUGACGUCUAUUCUGAAUGUAAUGCCAUUGGCUGCAAAGCAUUUUUGGAUUUUCAUUCUCUACCUUCCUGAGUGAGUCUGAGGCUGUUGUGAUCCUCCAGCUGUAUGAGACAGGUGCGUGCAGAAAAACACAGGGUUUAGACACGAGAGAGAGAGAGUAUAUGACGCUCAGUGUUUGUCACUUAAAUCCUGAUUUCUUUCAUGUAGUUGGUGAGAACGGACGGCUCGCCGCGCGCGUUCUUGCUUUCGUGGUGUAAUUGUUUCCGUGAGUGUGUCACCACUGCCGUGCAUGGUCGCACGGUGCGCUUAAAUAUUUGAGAUGAAGGGAACUUAUUGGAGAAAUGCCUAAGGGACGCAAUGGGCCUGAGCGACGACACGGAUCGCAUUGUGAUAAACGUGGGAGGGAUCAGACAUCAGACAUACCGCAGCACCCUGCGCACUGUACCUGGCACACGCUUGUCCUGGCUGGCCGAACCUGAUGCACCCAACCAUUUUGACUAUGACGCCAAGAUCGACGAGUUUUUCUUCGACCGCCACCCUGGCGUCUUUUCACACAUCCUUAAUUACUACAGGACAGGUAAACUGCACUGCCCAGCUGAUGUCUGCGGGCCCCUCUAUGAGGAAGAACUGGCCUUCUGGGGUAUUGAUGAGACUGACGUGGAGCCAUGCUGCUGGAUGACAUAUCGCCAGCACCGGGAGGCAGAGGAGGCCCUUGAUAGUUUCGGCGGGGGGGGUCUGUUAAACCUGGGGAACGACGACACAGAGCCAGAGCAUGAGCAUGCUGAGGAUGAUGUGGAUGAGAUGACACGGAGGCUGGCGCAGGGAGACUCCGCUGACAGCAGGAGGGGCCUGUGGAGCCGGUGGCAGAAACAUGUGUGGGCCCUGUUUGAGGACCCCUACUCCUCUAAAUAUGCAAGGUGGAUAGCUCUGGCCUCGCUGUUCUUUAUUCUGGUGUCCAUCACCACCUUCUGUCUGGAGACCCAUGAGGCCUUCAACCCCAUUAUCAAUCGCACAGAGGUGGAGAUAGUGGACAACGUCACGGUGGAGCACAUCUACCAAGAGACUGAGACUGCGGCCUACCUCACCUACAUAGAGGGUGUCUGUGUAGUGUGGUUCACUUUUGAAUUUCUAAUGCGAAUAACUUUCUGCCCCAAUAAGUUUGACUUCAUUCGGAACGCCCUGAACAUCAUUGACUUUGUGGCAAUCCUGCCCUUCUACCUGGAGGUGGGUCUCAGUGGACUCUCCUCCAAGGCAGCUAAGGAUGUGCUGGGAUUCCUAAGAGUCGUGCGCUUUGUGAGGAUCCUGCGUAUCUUCAAACUGACACGUCACUUUGUGGGCCUGCGUGUGCUGGGCCACACAUUAAGAGCCAGUACGAACGAAUUCCUGCUCCUCAUCAUCUUCCUCGCACUCGGUGUGCUCAUCUUUGCAACCAUGAUCUACUACGCUGAACGGAUAGGCGCAAACCCCAACGACCCUCGAGCCAGUGAGCACACGCACUUCAGGAACAUCCCAGUUGGAUUUUGGUGGGCUGUGGUAACAAUGACGACCCUCGGCUACGGAGACAUGUACCCUCAGACCACCUCUGGUAUGCUCGUCGGAGCCCUCUGUGCCCUGGCAGGUGUGCUCACCAUUGCCAUGCCCGUCCCUGUGAUUGUCAACAACUUUGGAAUGUAUUACUCACUGGCCAUGGCAAAACAGAAACUACCAAAGAAAAAGAAUAGGCAUAUCCCUCGUGCUCCUCAACCAGGUUCUCCUAACUUCUGUAAGUCAAGCAUCAGCUCCCAACACCAGAGCCCCAUUGCCCACGAUGACGUUUUUGAGAUAAAGUUUCAAGACUCCAAGCUGAACGGUGAGGCAGCUAACGCAGCUCUGGCAAACGAAGACUGUCCACAUAUAGACCAGGCAAUAUCUCCAGAGGAAAUCUUCAGCCCCAGUGAGAGAGAGCGGCCCUGCUUCCUGGUCACCACUGCUGAACGCCCCAACCACACAGGGGGCAGAGUGAGGAGGGGUUAUGAAAAGCCUUGGAGCCUUAACAGCAUGUCUGGCAUGAGCGGGGAUGCCUCUGGAGUGUCCUCAGUGUCCGCCCUGCCCUGCAGCCCACCCUGUCUAAUGCAGCACUCACAUUCUCCCAUCCCAUCCAUUAUGUAGCAUGGUUGAGUAGCAGACACAAUGCCAUUGGAAGGCAAAUCCACACUCCUUCUCCUUAUCUUUUCUUGUCAGAUUUUGCUUUUACACUGCUGCUUACUUCAUUUAUUUUUUUAUUUCUUUAUUUUCUGGAAAAGUGUAUCUUAAUUGUGCUGAUAAUCAAACUUCCCAAGUGUUCUCCUUGGGUGUGUCAUCAUAUCCUAGACAAGAAAACAUUGGCACAUGCCACUCUGCAUGGGUCACCUCAGUUGCAGACAAAGCACUGUUGUAUUUCCACCACAGGCUAACCCCAAUCUUUUCCUGUGUUUACAUCAUUGCCUGUUGCUCUGUUGCUUUUGAUCUCAACACACUUUUCUGCCAGUAACUUUUUUCUCAUCUGCUUUUUACAAUUUUGUGAAAAAAAUUUUCAUAAGAUGUAACCCCUGCUAACAGCCUAAUGUGCUGGACAUUGACAACACAUGGCUUUUUUUUAACAUUGCCAGCUGUUAAGGGAACUCCUCUAAAGUGCUUUGUACGUUGCAAAGUAGAGACGUUACCAUUCUGAAAGUGCAAUCCACACAAAUUAAAUGUUUCAACAUGAUGUUCACGAUGUCCGAUGCAAUACGGAGAUGAUGACAAUUCCUAUGAUACUAGUGAUGAAAACACCUACUGUCAAAAGAAACUGUUUGUUCAUUUGCAUGACCUGCAUGAAAAAUUAAGUUUAACGAGAAGCUAACUGUGUUGCAGUACUUGUCAGAAAAAAAAAGAAAUUUUUUUCUUUAAAAAGCUUCAAAAAGCUUUGUCAUAUUUUAUGCAUUUUCAGACAGCUUUACAAGAGACUCAGUCAUAGCAGAGAUUUUAUGUAGCUGCCAUUUUUUGCCUUUCCCCAAAUUCAUAUAUUUAUUUUGCCUAUUUGACUAAGGAGUAAAAUAGUGUGAUUUAACUUGAACAAUCUGUCAUAAAAGCCAACUAAUGCUGUCAUAAACAUCACUGGUUUUUAUAUAAAAUAGACUUACUGAUAGUUACAAGUUUAUAAAGUGUUUGUAUAUUGUAGUCUGCAGCAACUUUAACAAAUGCUGUGAUGCUUAAAUUAAAGCAAAUAUUCAAGGAUUAUUAAAUUGUGCCUUCAUACCCAGUGAGGCAAAGUAAAAGUGAGUAAUGAAUUGACAUGAUAUUACAUAUAGCUCCCAUUGUAGCAUGAAUACACUUUAUACCAUGCUCAUAACAGUGUAAUGAACGCUUUACUUUACAAGGUUUACGCCACACUCAUACCCUUAAUCACAGUUAGAAAAUGCCCUUUUGGCUUUUAGUGUUACACAAUCCAUAGCAGGACUUGACCUCUGGAGGGUAUAUAACUUCAAGCAAAAAAAACUACCUAAAACACUGAUUUAAUAGCUUAUUACUCAAGAACUUGCAAAUAUAAAGCACAAAAUUUUACUAAAAAGGGGACCAGGCAACUCAACAGGGCCAAAAUAUAUCAAGUUAUUAUGUAUGUCUAUUGGUUUUAAAAAUUACUAAUAUUACUGUUACAUGUAUUGAUACUGUCCCAGUACUUAUGCACAAUUUUUCAGGGCACUUUACUAAAUUUUAUGUUAACCAAUCAAAAAAAAAAUUAAACAAAUUUCUAGAAGAAGAAAAAGAAGAUAUAAGUAUAGCAACUCAUCUAAGUUUUGUUUUUAUUCUAAGUGAGCACAGUUUUAUGUUUCAAGUUAUGUCUCUUGUGGUAAUUGAUGGACGUUAUAUAUUGAAGAAAACUAAGAAAAAUAAAAACAACUUGUGAAGAUUUGAUGUGAAGAGAUACAGGUGAAUUACAUGCUCAUGCAAUUCAAGUGAGAAAAAAAACAACAAAACAAAACAAAACAACUAAACACCAGUAUGGGAUGUGGGUCUACUUGGGGAAAGGUAAAUGCAUGUAUUUUACAGUUAUGCAAAAGAAAAGUAUUUAAGUAAAAUAUGUAAAUACAAGUCCUUGCAUGAAAUAAAUUUUAUACACAACAAGUGUUUAGCCUCCGUUUUUAUUCAGCAGCACAUGUGCAUACAUAACAAUGUUCCUUUCUCACGAGCUAAUGGCUCAUGUUUGACCCCUCUGUCUAUCUACCUGUGUUCGGGUCAAAGAGAGCAUUAAAAUAACAAGGUGACUGUGAGAGCAUGACGUAACGUAUACACGUGCAUGACAAUGACUGAACUACUGUACAUAAACCCGCAAAGCGCCGCAUGAUUGGGCAUGUUUAUUAACCAACUCCGAGUCCAACCUCUGCACACAGAUGGCACACAGUAUACUGUUGUCUGAUGCCUUGGCUAAGCAUGGGAAUCACAUGGUAAACCUGUCGUUUACCAUGAGGAACUGACGGAGCACAUUUUCUUUACUCUUCAAGCUAGUGUCAUUUUUCACUGCAGAGCUAUCCAUCUCCACCACCAUCAUUUCCACCAUUAUACAUACUUUGUGUAAUAAUUUCUUUGUGUUAUUGUUUUUUUUAUAUGUUUAUAGAGACCCAGCGACAGCACCGGAGCAGACAACCAACAGAAUCUGUUUGUGUUAUGAACCAUGGUGUACCAACCACUAUGUGUAUGACCCAUAACGGCCCAUCACCCACCUGAUAGUGCUGUAGCAUUGUUGUGUGUAUUACUUAGUAUUUUUAAAUGGGUGUGACAGUGACAACCUGUACAUCACAAACUCAGCGUAGAUGUAGCACUGACGAAGUUUUGUUGUCAAGCCUUAUAUAGCUCAGUAUCUGUGACUGGUUACUGUGUUGUAUUUUGUGUGCCUAUUAGUGUGUGCCGGUGCUGUAAAUACGCUUUUCUGUGUGCUGAAGUUGUGUGUACCAAUGUUUUUGAGUGAUCAUCCAAUAUUUGUGUGCUGCUUCUUCUGUUGAAAGAAAAAAAAUGUUGCUCCAAUUUAAAACCCCACUCCACCGCCUCCUGUACCAAACAUGUCACUUGUCAUGUCAACCAGACUGAACAGUUGGAAACAAAUCCAUUUUGCACUGUCAUGGUCACAUCUUAGUAGACUUUUUUGCACAGUUUUUGCACCAGUGAAAUCUUUUUUUAUUCUUUUGAUAUGUGGUCAGGCGUCAAAGAGACAAAAAACACCUCUCUUAACCUAGUGAGGAGUGGUGCGCUAGUAGGAUUUGCUAAAUGAUUUGCUCAGAGAUGACCAAUACCAUUGAGCAUUAAUUCAAUGUUGAUAUUCAUGUAUGUUCAUUUGACAUCACAGCCGAGACAUUAUGUCAUUAUGACAAUCAUGUUGAAUUGGAUUAAUAUUUUUGGCUCACAUCCAUAUAAAUAUGCAUUAGCAUAUAUUUGCCAAAUCAUCAUAUGCCUCAUACUGGACAAGUGCCUCUGUUAUAUAAAUUAUUCUUACCAUUCAGGAAUAGCUUAAUCAAGAUAAUGAUAAACUAUUGUUCAUGUUUGUUUUGAAUUACCCGCUCAGCUGUCAGCCAUUGAAAACACAUAAACUCAGUUCUAAUUUUUAUUUUAUGACUUUUUUUUUUUUAAUAAAAUAAAAAAAAAUUACAAAAAAUUUAAAAAAGCACACAGCAUACAUUCAGGGUCCCCAUAUGGAUCAGUUUCUAAAGGCAAGCAGUGAAAAUACCUAAUAAACAUCAGUAUUCAACUGUGCAGAUUAGUCAUCUGUGUGGAAAGUUUGCAAAAAAGGGACCAACUUUUUACCAAACUACUGCAAAAACACUGCCAACAAUUUACUGACAACUGUGUGCUGUCAGAUGCAGCCAAUCUGGAUCUGCCAAAAUAUGUGAGCAUAAAUCGGGGGACAGUGUGCUGAUCAUUUUCUAACGGUUUAAAAAAAGCAAAAACAACCAGCAGCUGUUUUCAUUAAUGGCAUUAAUAAUGCAACAAAAGGGCAACUAAUGCGUGGCGUUUAGUGAGACUAGUGAGAGUGUGUGUGUUUUGAACACCGUGCUUUUUGUGGUUAGAUAUUUCAAAAAGGUAAUCAGUGAUAAUUUUGAUUGGUUUGUUGUUUAGGGAUUUUUUUGUGUCUUCUUUUGACCAGUACAGUCCAGGCUUGUACAACAAAUAGUGAAAAAAAUAAAAAAACAGAGAUAUGAUCAUUUUCACCGAGUGUUGAUUUUAUUUUUUCUUCAAACUAAUGCGAUAAAAGCGAUUUUAUUUAACUAACAAUGAUGGUUUCCACAGUUAAUUUGCAUCAACUAUAAUCUUUUUAUUGAGUCUCGUCAUCGGCUUUGACCAAGACACUGGCUUAAAAGCAGCAGCUAAUUCUCGACGCUGCACUGCAGUAGCCCAAAGCAUAUAAAUAAGUAGGCAGUGGACAAGUUUCUCCCAAGGGAAAUCCGUUCAGUAUGAAAUCCAAAAAAAAAAACCAACCAUGUAAUACUGA